AAAAAGAAUGUAUAAAGUUUUUAAUUGAAGAAAAAAUUAUUCAAAAACCUGAAAAAUGUUAUUCUUGUAAUGGAGAAAUAUAUCUUUAUCUUAAAGAAAAUGUUUUUAAAUAUAGAAAUUCAGAUUGUAAAAAAAUGAUUACUGUGUUUAAAAAUACAUUUUUUUCACAACAUAGAUUAAAAUGUAGUAAUAUUCUUUUAAUUAGUUAUUUUUGGAUUCAUAAACUUAGAAUUCAACAAAUUUAUAAAAUAACAAAUAUUGCUAGAAUCACUAUUCGUAAUUUUAUUAAAGAUUUUAGAAAUCUGGCUAUUAAGUCAUUGACACCAGAUAAUGAAAUUGUGGGUGGACCUAGAAUAAUAGUUGAGAUUGAAUCUUUGUUUAAUGAUUUCUGGGUUAUAGGCGAUGUACAAAAAUCUAGAGAAAAAAAAUUUUCUUUGUC